AUGACUCCUCGGUCUGCCGCUACCGCUUCCACUUCGAUGCUCGAUACAAUCUCAAUGACCCCUCCUCAUAAGCUUCGCAAAGGUGCCACAUUUCACAACCCACCCUCUCCAGUAUCCGAUCACUUUAUCGUACCAUGUCUUCCACGCCGUUCGCAAACCUCGCUUGAGGAUGUUGUCGAGGCUCAUAAGCGUCGUGUUGCCCUGACACUCGGAGAUAUUGACCGCGGUUUGUCUGCUGUCGACCUUGGUGCACCCACCCCGACCACUCAGAAUUUCCGUGACGAUAGCCUUCCCGUUCCUCAGGGUUUCCUCAACCACACCGUUGAUACAAACCGCCGCGAGACCCGAAGCACCAUGUCGCCCAUUGCCUCGCAAUCCGACUUCAGCAUCGGCAGAGGCUCGCUGCGACCUCGUCGACACAACCGUCGCCAGUCCACCCACCACGCAUCUGACAGCGGUCUAGGAUCCUCCAUCAUGUCUGCCUCCUCUGAGAAGAGAGGCGUCGCCGCCGCCGGCGGCCUCACCUGUCCCACCGACGAGCAGGGCGCCAAAUCGACCGUUUCAGCAUCUGCAAUCACGCGCUCCGCCGCACCGCAUCGCUCAUCGCAAGACACCACGCCGCGCCUUAGCGAGCGCGCGACGAACAAGAUCCACGAGUUCAUCCUGAAACCGCUGCUCGCCACGCCGUCUUUGAAGGACUUCCACCCCAUCGUCGCGGACUGCCCGCGCAGAAUCAACGAGAAGGAGAUCGUGUGUCUGCGAGACCUCGAGAAGACACUGAUGUUCAUGGCACCUGUAAGUGAUAUCCAUAACGAUGAUGACGCCGUGAGAGCCUUCACUCACUGGUUUUCUUCGCACCUAAAGGAACACGCACGCACUGCAAAACUAUACUUGGAGUUCUGCGUCACCUCUAUCCGCUGCAUUCAGGCCACCGUCGAAUUCCUGAAUGAGAGAGAACAGACCAGACCCAACGACCGCCCAUAUACGCAAGGGUAUUUUAUUGACCUGGUCGACCAGAUUAGGAACUACGCCCAGUCUGUCCAGGCUAGCCGCGAGAAGGAGGAGGGAGAGACUGACGACAUGGAUGUCCAACCGUAUGUUUCACUGCCCCAGAUUGAAGCCACAGCCUUGUCCGUCAGCACUAUGACUCUGCGCAUAGAGUCUAGUGGUGCAAGGGCUCCUUCACGGAGGUAUAAGAAGACCACUGCUAACCACCUGCGCUCCAGAUCUGAGCAGAUCAAACUCUACGGCGGUGUUGCCAAGAAUGGCCGCCCAGCAGAGCUCGUCCGCGUGAAGAACGACGGCACAGCCGUUUCGCUCGCGACCGGAAAGCAGAUCAAGAUGGAGAGCAUCGAGGACGACGAGAAGAACAGCGUCAUGAUGAAGCGCUCGCUGAGCCAGGAGCUCGACGACGAGGAGUCCAUCAUGCGCUCGAUGGCGCGCCGCAAGCGCUCUGCCACCGCCGAGAUCCAGGCGAAGAAGUGCAGCGAGCCUGGCUGCACCAAAGAGUUCAAGCGAUCGUGCGACCUCACCAAGCACGAGAAGACUCACAGCCGGCCCUGGAAGUGCCAGGAGCCGCUGUGCAAGUACCAUGAGUACGGAUGGCCGACGGAGAAGGAGUUGGACCGCCACGUCAACGACAAGCACUCAGCGUCGCCGCGCCUCUUCAAGUGCCAGUUCCCACCGUGCCCGUACCAGUCAAAGCGCGAGUCGAACUGCAAGCAGCACAUGGAGAAGAGCCACAACUGGGUGUACGUGCGCUCCAAGAACAACGGGAAGAACCGUGACCAGGCGACGCCGGCCCAGCAGCAGAAUGCGCUGCCCACGCCGCAGACGACCACCAUCCGCACUCCAGACUCGGAGGCUCAGCUCUCGUCUCCGGAUGAGAUGAACUGGGAGAUGGACGCUGGAGUUGACGCCAACGGCUUUAACAACGACUUCAACCGCUCUCCACUUGACUUCCCCACCUACCCCUCCGACUUCGCCUACAACAACGCUGAGCAAACCCUACACAACAACAACUACACACUCUCCCCCGUUGACUCGCACCUCAAUUCGCUCCCCUCUUCCAACACAUCACCCUACGUCGACACCUCAGACCUCUUCCUCGACGACGUUGCCGCAAAUUUCGGCUCCGCCUUCGCUCCGUCCGGGAAUGACUUCACACUUUACGAGGAUCUCUACUCCGCCCGUGUCGACGUCCCGCACCAGCUCCCCACACCCGACCCAGCCAUCUUCCAACGUGCAUACGAUCCGUCGUACGGCUGCGUUGAGACCGUCACCCCCGCCCGCGCGCAGGGAGUGCAGCAUCUCAGCCCAGUAGGACAGGGGAACACAAUGCUCUACACCCCGGACUCGUCGUGCGAGACCUUCGAGGCGCUGAUGCCCGGUCGUCAGCACGCCGAUACCCACAACAACAACAACAUGGGCGCGCAGUUCUCGGACUUCCAGCUCUUUGGAUCCGGUGCGCCGCAGGGACAGGGUGCGCUUUUCGGCGAGGUCGCGCCGCUGGGGGGACACCAGCAUGAGGGGGGGAAUACUGCGUCGCAGGAGAUCUUUAUGGCCUUCUAUGGAGCGGGGGGUGCUGGGGCGGCGGAGUGGGGUGGGGAUGAGGGGUUUGAUGGAAAAUGGGGUGGCUUGUGAGAGAGCCUGUUUGCCUUUUCUCCUCGAGGAGGAAAGGUGAAGUGGAGAGUGAGAAGGAAGGAAGGAGGGGGGUGAUUAGAUCUCUGUGCUAUUACGACGUCGCAUCUCCUCUUUUUUCUCUCUCGUUAUCUCAUCUUGUUUGGGAUGUUAUACGUUUGUUGUUACUUGUUUACGAUGGAUGCUGAGGGAGCGCAUUUUUUUUAUGAUGUUAUGAUAUGAAUUGGAGGGAAGGGUUUACCCAAUAUUCCGAGGGAAGUUGGGUGGAGGAAGUGGGAAAUGGGACGAAAAAGACACCGCUGGCUAGAGAGCGGCGGUGCGUGUAAUGGACGCUGCUGAUGACGAACCGAACCGAACUGAGGGAAAGAGGCGUGUGCGCGGGGGAUGCAUUAGAUAGAACUAUCCGUUGUUGUUUGUUCUUUCUUUCUUUCCUUGCCGCUUUAGGAUAGCUAGCAUUUUGUUUGUUUUCCUUUGAUCAAUCAUCUCGACGGUGGCUCCGGGGAUGUGGGAUGUGGACUCUUUCGGGUGGGAUUCAUACAGCAGAUUUGGAUGGGGGAAUGUAAGACAUACACACACACACACACAUGCUUGCUUGUCUG